UUGGCCUCCAUGUCUAGAGCGUCAAAACAUAGGGCGGUGGUCUGAGUGCAGGGUUAACAUCGGGGCUCCACUGUUAGACCUGCCAAUGGCCCCCGCAAGCUCUUGCUAUUUAUUGAGCGCAAAGUUCUCUUCGCAAUCCACACUGGACUUCUAUUCUCCAACCCUUCCCCAUAUAGCUCCUCCAUAACCCACAACUCACCCCGAAGGACCAGUUUGCCACUGUUCUUCUAUUCUUCAACCUUCAGUGAGCACACAACACUACGGCAAGAUGCGUUUCUUUAGUAAAAAGGAACAAGAGGUCCACGAAAAAGGGACCCCAGAAACCAACACACCCACGGAGACUCCCCUGAGAGGCAACUCUCAUGUCGCUGCCGCCGCCACAGAUGUCGAGCCUAAAGGCCGAGUACCUAUCAUUGCGGUCAUUCUAGGAGCAGUGGCCAGCAUUGGAGGUUUCAUGUUCGGUUACGAGUCCGGACAAAUUUCCGGAUUUCUCGCCAUGUCCGACUUCAAGGAGAGGUUCGGUGAGAAUGGCGAAUUCUCUCCCGUUCGUCAAGGUGCUAUUGUCGGUCUUUUAGCUAUCGGUACUCUUUUCGGAUGCUUGGGUUCAGCGCCUCUUGCUGAUACCUACGGUCGUCGUCUUACCAUUUCCGGCUCCGCAUUCUUCUACAUCAUUGGCGUCAUCAUCGAAAUCACCAGCGAGAGGGUCUGGGUUCAGUUUGCCAUGGGUCGUCUUGUUGCAGGUCUUGGCAUUGGCGCCCUCUCCACCGUCGUCCCUAUGUACCAAUCCGAGUCGAUCCCCAAGCGCAUCCGUGGUGCUACCGUUAGCUCCUACCAGCUUUUCAUCACCCUCGGAAUUUGGACAGCGUACAUGGUCAACUAUGGCACGUCGAAGGACUACUUUGAUAGCGCGCAAUGGCGCAUUCCCAAUGGUCUUUCGGCGCUCUGGGCACUCAUCCUAGGCAGCACUAUCCUCCUUCUUCCCGAAUCGCCCCGUUACGCCUACCGCAAGGGUAACAUUGAAGACGCACGCAAGAACAUGGCUCGCUUGAACGGUAUCGAUCCUCACAGUGCCUACAUCGACAAGGAAAUUGCCGAGAUCCAGGAGAAGCUUGAGGCCGAGUCAACGGGCGGAGCUCAUCCAUGGCACGAGAUCUUCACCGGACCACGCAUGUUGUACCGCACGCUACUUGGUAUGGUCCUCCAGGCUGGUCAGCAGCUUACUGGUGCCAAUUACUUUUUCUAUUACGGUACCACCAUCUUUGCCGCAACUGGCCUGGAGAACUCAUAUGUUACUUCCAUCAUCCUUGGCACAGUCAACGUUGUCGCUACCAUUGGCGGAUUGUGGAUUGUCGAGAACGUCGGUCGCCGCAAAGCCAUGAUGGGUGGUGCUGCCUGGAUGGGAGUCUGUCUGUUCAUCUACUCCUUCAUCGGACAAUAUCAACUUGACCACGCCAACCCCAAGAGCACUCCUCAGGCCGGAAACAUCAUGAUCGUUUUCACGUGCCUCUUCAUUGCGGCAUUCGCAACUACCUGGGGACCCUUGGUUUGGGCAAUCGUCGGCGAACUCUACCCUGCCCGCUACCGCGCUACCUGCAUGGCUCUCGCGACCGCUACCAACUGGCUCUUCAACUUCCUCAUCUCCUUCUUCUCGACCAUGAUCACGAAGAAGAUCGACUACUUCUACGGCCUCGUCUUCGCCGUUUCGGUUUUCGUACUGUUCUUCAUCGUCUACUUCUUCAUGAUCGAGACCAAGGGUCGUUCGCUGGAGGAGAUCGACACGAUGUACAUGCUGCACGUCAACCCGAUCACCAGCGCCAAGUGGGAUCCAUCUUCCCUUCAGAAUGAUGGCUUAGUCGAUACGGACAGGCUAGAAUUAGGCCCGGGCGGAAGGACCAUCAACAAAUCGGAGCAGUCGGGUCGCCCUGCUGGCAUAUUGGCGUCUACGGAGCGUCAAGAGGUUCAGGUCUAGGUUUGAGGCCUUGCGACACUUAUAACCUGCGUAAUAUGUAGAUGAUAGAUUGCGCGGUUAUCGCACCGUUGCGUUUAUUUGCACGUUUCGUAUUGGAACAUAAGUGCGUUAAUAGAUGAUGCUGUAAGAUAUAGCAUGAAUAGACAACUAAGCCCGUCGGGCAUUUCAUAUCAUUGGCUUUUAUCCAAGAAACUAUUUCAGCAAGCAGUGUCAACUUUUCCCAAACAGUAGACCUUCAUCGACGGCAUUGGUUCAAUGUGCCGAGUUCUCGAGACCUGAGAUAGAUGUAAACACCGGGUAACCAGGCUCGAUAUAACUAUCCGAAU